AUGCCAUUUGCACAACUGGUUAUCGGGCCUCCAGGCUCCGGUAAAUCUACUUAUUGCAAUGGUAUGCAGCAAUUCAUGUCCGCAAUCGGGAGAAAAUGUUCUGUCGUGAACCUUGACCCGGCCAACGAUCACACUUCUUAUACUCCGGCGCUGGACGUCCGCGACCUAGUCACACUUGAAGAGAUCAUGGCAGAAGACACGCUCGGUCCAAACGGGGGCAUAUUAUAUGCGAUGGAAGAGAUAGAGGGGAAUUUUGAGUGGUUGAAAGAUGGGUUGGAGAAGCUAGGAGAUGACUAUGUUUUAUUCGAUUGUCCCGGCCAGGUCGAAAUCUUUACGCAUCACUCUUCGCUUCGAAAUGUUUUUUUUCAGAUUCAGAAGCUUGGGUAUAGACUAGUGGUAAUUCACCUCGUCGACUCGUAUAAUCUAACCCUCCCAUCAAUGUACAUUUCGGCAUUGUUGCUAUGCCUUCGGGCAAUGCUGCAAAUGGAUCUGCCACAUCUAAACGUCCUCACCAAGAUCGACAACCUCUCGAAUUACCCCCCUCUCCCGUUUAACCUAGACUUCUAUACCGAAGUCCAAGAUCUUUCAUAUCUGAUUCCUCAUUUGAAAGAGGAAGCUCCGUUUUUAGCCAGCUCCAAGUUUGAUGCUUUGAACAAAGCGAUCGUCGAGGUGGUACAGGACUUCGGGCUCGUUGCUUUUGAGACACUCGCGGUGGAAGAUAAGCAGAGCAUGAUGAGUCUCCUGCAGGCAAUCGAUAGGGCGGGUGGAUAUGCGUUCGGUACGGCCGAAGGAGCUAAUGAUACAGUGUGGCAGGUGGCUGUCAGGGAAGGUAUGGGAACAAUGGAUAUCAAAGAUGUACAAGAAAGAUGGCUGGAUAACAAAGAGGACUGGGACGAGUUUGAAAGGAGAAAUUGGGAAGAAGCAAAAGCACGGAACGAGGCAACCAAGCAAAUACCUGGCGGAGAAGAUGAUGACUUUGACAUGGAUCUCAAAGCACAUGUACCGGCAGACAGUGGAGUCAACAUCAUAAGAAAAUAA